AUGAAGUCAUAGCCAUAGAAACAAUACCUCAUUGUUUCAUCGUCUUCUCAUUAUGAACCUCUUAACACUUUCUUCACCUGUCAACCAUUCAAUGGCACCCGUUUUGCUGAAUCUACCAAGUCAGCUCUCCUUGGAAUCAAAUGUAGCACAGACCCUGUCUCUGCUUGAAAGAUGUUCAACAAUGGUGGAAAUGAAGCAGAUCCAUGCUCACAUUUAUAAAACAGGUCUUAUCGUAGACCCUCUCCCGAUGAGCAGGCUCCUAGCUUCAAGCACCUCACCAGAUUUUGGCAACUUGACCUAUGCUCGGAAAGUUUUCGACAGAAUUAGCAGACCCAAUACUUUCAUGUGGAACGCCAUGAUCAGAGGAUACUCGAAUAGCAAUGAGCCAGAAGUAGCCCUGCUUCUGUACCAUCAAAUGCUCUUUCACUCAGUGCCACAUAAUGCUUACACCUUCCCUUUCCUGCUCAAAGCAUGUUCCAGUCUGUCGGCUUUGGAAGAGACCAAACAAAUACAUGCUCACAUCAUAAAAACAAGCUUUGGCUUGGACAUUUAUGCCAUGAAUUCCUUGCUUCAUGUUUAUGCCAUCUCUGGCAGCAUCAAAUCUGCACAUCUCCUCUUCGAACGUCUUCCCCAGCGGGAUAUUGUUUCUUGGAACUCAAUGAUUGAUGGGUAUACAAAAUGUGGCGACAUAGAGAUGGCUUGUGAAUUUUUCAAAGAUAUGCCAGUAAAGAAUGUGAUCUCAUGGACAGCAAUGAUGUCUGGCUUUGUUGGGGCAGGACUGAACAAGGAAGCUCUGAACCUUUUUCAUCAAAUGCAGAUUGCAGGUGUCAAACCUGACAAUGUGGCACUCGCAAGCUCGCUUUCAGCAUGUGCACAUCUUGGAGCAUUGGAUCAAGGCAGACGGAUCCAUGCCUAUAUGGACAAAAACGGAAUUGAAAUUGAUCCAAUCCUGGGUUGUGUUCUUAUAGACAUGUAUACCAAGUGUGGUGACAUGGAAGAAGCUCUAGAAGUCUUCGUGAAACUUGAGAAGAAGGGUAUCUAUGCAUGGACAGUGAUAAUCAAUGGUUUUGCAAUGCAUGGUCGGGGACAAGAAGCUAUUGAUUGGUUUGUACAAAUGCAGCAAGCAGGAAUUAAGCCAAAUUUGAUCACCUUCACGGCACUUUUGACUGCAUGUAGUCAUGCAGGGUUGGUUGAUGAUGGGAAAUCCAUGUUUAAGAGCAUGACAAAAGUUUAUACGUUGAGCCCGACAAUUGAGCAUUAUGGGUGCAUGGUAGACCUUCUAGGCAGAGCUGGAUUGCUUAUGGAAGCAAAAGAGUUAAUUGAGAAAAUGCCCUUCAAGCCAAAUGCUGCCAUUUGGGGGGCACUGCUCAAAGCUUGCUGGAUUCAUGGACAUCUCGAGUUAGGGAAACGGAUAGGGAAAAUCCUGAUUGAAAUUGACCCUGCACACAGUGGCCGGUACAUUCACUUGGCAAGAGUUCAUGCUGCAGCUGGGGAAUGGGAGCAAGCAUUUGAAGUGAGAAGCCAGAUGAAACACCGAGGAGUUUCAAAACUUCCAGGGUGCAGUGCAAUGAGCCUAAAUGGUAUUGUCCAUGAAUUUUCAGCUGGAGAUGGGUCUCACCCACAGGUGGAAGAGAUUUAUCAGAUGUGGAACCGGAUUGCAGAGAAACUAAGAGAAGAAGGGUAUAAACCUGCAACAGGGGACUUAUUACUUGAUCUAGAGGAUGAGGAGAAAGAAAGAGCAAUCCAGUAUCAUAGUGAGAAGUUGGCUGUUGCAUUUGGGCUGAUCAAAACAAAACCAGAGACAACUAUUCGGAUUUUUAAGAAUCUUCGGGUGUGUGAGGACUGUCACACAGUAACAAAGCUCAUCUCCAAGAUUUAUGUUAGGGAUAUUGUUGUACGAGACAGAAUUCGUUUCCACCAUUUCAAGGGAGGGAAAUGUUCUUGUGGAGAUUACUGGUGA